AUGUACAGAAUAGACGUUUCAGAUUUUUAUGACUUCCAAGCCUUCAGAAAUAUGUGUCCAUUUAGAGACUAUAACAAAGCAGUCGAGAAUUUGAAACGUUUAGUCAUUUAUGUCGACUCUGCCCCAGAAUGUUAUGUCAUGAAAGAAUGGGAUGUAGUCUUUAACAAACCAAGAGCGACAAUAGUUUCAGAACAAGAAUGUAAACAGAAACUUAAGAAAAUAAAAGUCGUACAAGUUGGUAUGAAGAUGUUAGAUGCUUGGGAUAUCUUAUUGUCAAAGUUAGAAGAUUUUUCAGUUCGUGGUAUAAAGUUUUAUACACCAUCUCCAAACUUCUAUUCUAUCUUCACUGGAUAUAAAUAUGAACAAGUAGAAUGGAAAGAAAAUGUUAUAGAAGCUUGGUUAGACCAUGUCAAAGAAAUUAUAUGCAAUGGAAACGAAAGAGUCUAUGAGUAUAUCUUAUGUUGGUUUGCAAACAUCUUACAACAUCCAAGUGCUAAAAAUGAAACUGCUCUCAUCAUAAUUGGAAAACAAGGAACUGGUAAGAACACUUUCUUUACAGAUAUCUUAUGCAAACUGUUAGAGGGCUAUUCGAACCCUAAUAUGACAAACUUAGAAAACAUCUGCGGUAAAUUUAACUCUUCAAUAGAGAAUAUGAAACUUAUAGUAUGUAACGAACUUCAAAGUAUAGAUACAACAAAAGUUUUGAACUCAGAUGCUUUGAAGAGUCUUAUAACAGACAAAGUUGGAGUUGUUGAAAGAAAAUAUAAAGACCAAAGAGUUUGUGAAAAUGUUGCAAACUUCGUCAUGGUUUCAAACAACGCCGUUCCGAUGAAGUUAGAAAGUUCUGACAGAAGAUAUGUAGUUGUCAGAACGUCAGAAGCUCAUAUGCAAGAUACAGAAUAUUUUGACGACUUAGCAGAAACUUUGACACCUAACUUUUACAACCACUU